AAUUAAACAGUCUUUAUCACGAUACUUGUGCAGUUUCGAAUAAUAAAAUUUGCACAUACUCUGCGUUAUUACAAUGAAGAAAGACAACAUGGAAAAAAAUCUAAAAGCAAAGUUUGAGAAGUACGACAAUAUGUCCUUUCAGUUUGCUGAGGAAAACCCAUAUGAUGUCAUGAAUAUAGGGGAAGAGAAAGCGACGCACAAGCACAAUUUUCGACAAGAGGACGGGCAACCAGGGGAUUUAGCGCACUUUAAUACCUCAUGUUUACCUCUGAAAAAAAUUUCAUACAUAUUUCUUGUCAUCGCUCUUGUUUUCGCUUUGGUCACUUUGACAGCCUUGUUAUAUCUCGAGAAGAACAGAGAGGAAGAUCAACAUCAUCAACCGGUUUUCCAAGAAAAGCAGAGAAAAUGGACUGGUAGCAUGGGAUGCACUUUCCUGGUUAGCUUUCUCCAAUCUCACAUUUCAGUAAACAAUAGUAACAGGACAAUUAUCGUUACGUCGGAUACUGAUUUCAAUAUCACCGUUUCACUUUCUGAAAAGCAGAGUCCGAAUUUGAUAUCCAUAUCUAACCAAAUAAUUGGAAAUAUCAUGAUCAAGAAAAUCAAUGUUCAUCCUUUGAUGGUUCCAUCUUAUUCCUCUGUUGAAGAUAAAGCUAUUUUGAUCAAAACUUCAUCAAUUUCGUCCGUAUUAUCCAUGAAUGAUCUUGAAUUUACCUCAGAAAGCAACACCGUUUUCCCUGUUGAUAAACUGUCAACAUACUACAUCAUAUCAAUGACAACGCCCUUAGAUGGUUUGAUUGAUUCAGGAAGCCAUGUUACGGUUGCAUCAGUAAUGGACAAUACAUGCGUCAGUAUCAGUUUAGUCAUAGAUCGUGAUGCAAAGGUCCAACAUAAUGGCAGCAGCUAUGGCAAUGGUGACAAAAUAACAAUAAUAUUGGAUAGUUUUCAAACUUUUCAAAUUGGACUAAGAGCAGAUUUGUCGGGAACAACAAUAAACGCCUCUCAUCCAGUUGCAGUCUUUGCAGGAAACAGAUGUAAUAAUCUUGGUGAUUACGGAUUUUGUAAUAUGCUCGUUGAAAUGGUUCCACCAGAUGACAAAUUGGAUAAGAUUUUCAUCGUCCCGCCAAAUGUUCAUAGAUACAAAACACAGGUGCGCAUAGCAUCACCCAUUGAAACGGAAAUCAAAUAUUCUAUUGAAAGAGAGAAAACAUCUGUAGUUGUUACUAGAAAUCAAACAAUUGAUUUUUUUAUCCAAGAAAAUGAAACAGCGGUUAUAGAAUCUAUUGAACCUUUGCUAGUGAAUAGUUUUGCCUACGGUUCAACCCAACCACUAAUAUUCGGUGAUCCGUACAUGAUAACUAUUCCCGGAAUAAAUCAAUAUAUCAAUGAGUACAUCCUUUUUGUACCCGAGAAUUUCAAUUUUAGUUUUGCCACAUUUAUGUUAAAAACAGAUUCUCUGGAACAUCUUAAAAUUAAUGAAACGGGCAUAAAGGAGAACCAAACUCGUUAUUUUUCCACGGUAGCAGUUGGUACAUCUUUCUACAGCGUAUGGACUUUGAGUAUACCAAGCGGUGUGAUGAAAGUAAGGACAACAGAUGGAACACCUUUUGGGGUUAUAGUUUACGGACAGCGUAAAAGGGAUGGGCAUGGUUACACAGGAAAUGCAAUUCUUUCAACUUGUAAGGAUGGUUGGAUUCAUAUAGAAAAUUCAUGUUACUUAAUUUCUCUUCAAAGAGUAACAUUCAAAGAUGCAUUGAAAUCAUGUAAUGAAGAAACUGCACAUCUUUCUGAGCACCGAAAUAUAAGAAUAGAGAGAUUGAUUGGUUUGCAGUUACAUGCACAAGGAGAUGUUGGUGUGUGGAUUGCUGCAACAUACGUUCAAGAGGAAGGAGAAUAUUUGUAUAUUUCCGAUGCAUCAAGGGUGAAUAAAAAUAACUGGGCCAACGGACAGCCACAUGGGGGUAAACAUUACAACUGUGCAGUAGCGAGGAAAGACGAUAAUUGGAAGUGGUAUGCUUACCCUUGUAGGCAUACGUUUCAUUAUGUGUGUAAGAAACCCAUAUAAAUAAUGAAGUUCUUAAUAUGAAAACUUGAUAGAGGUACCACUUCGUAGAUCACUAUUUACAUACUUGUACCAGUCUUAUAAAACUAUCAGGGGUUUGACAUAUUGCUUGAAAUAAAAACAUUCGAAAGGUUAUUUGGACAUCAACAUGACAUUGUAUGAUGAAUAAAUAAAUAA